GCGUCAAGAUGAAGAAGCAGCAAAGAAAACUCCAAGAGAAUCAACAGGAUGCACAUGAGAGUCCUGCAGUGGGGUGUCUGGGCGUUGCUUCUUUGGCCCUGUCUUGUUGUCAUAAGUAACCCAGAAGACUGUAAAGAAGAUCAUGGCAGCCUCACCCGCUGCCCCUCCAUCUCCCAGGAGAAACUUCUGGACCGAAUCAUCCAUCACGCUGAGCUGAUCUACCGUGUCUCAGAAGAACUCUGUUCUUUGUUUGAGGAGAUGUUCAUCCCAUUUCCCCUGAGGAUCCAGAGUAACCUGGCUGCGUACGCAUGCAUCACCAAAACUCUGCCCAUCCCCAGCUCUAAGAGUGAACUCCAACAAAUAUCUGACAAAUGGUUACUCCAUUCAGUUUUGAUGCUAGUCCAGUCCUGGAUCGAGCCUUUGGUUUACCUACAGAUGACCCUGGAUCAUUACGAUCAUGCUCCAGACACGUUGCUCAACAAGACUAAGUGGGUGUCUGAGAAGCUUGUCAGUCUGGAGCAAGGAGUGGUAGCUCUGAUCAAGAAGAUGUUGGACGACGGGACGCUGGCCACUGCUUACAACGAUCAAAGUGUGCCACAGAAUGAUGUUCAGCCAGAAGUGUUGGAGUCUGUGAUGAAGGACUAUGUCUUAAUCAGCUGCUUCAAGAAAGACGCCCACAAGAUGGAGACUUUCCUCAAGCUCCUCAAAUGUCGUCAAACUGACAGAUACAACUGUGCAUGAAACAUAGACUGCAGCUUUUAAAUAAUGCAGCGUUUAGCUUUAAAUGAUUUUCUGAGGUUGGUAGUGUGCACUUAAAGAUAGGACCAUGCCUUAGGCGCUCCAGCCUUGCUUGCAGUCCAGUGCUUUCCUUAUUGAUUGUUUUGGAACACCUUCACACAAAUCUAAGUAGGUGUAAGGCUCUGCCCUUUUCUUAGCCACAUACGGUGUUUUAAAUAAAUAAAAAAAUAAAACUGUAUGUUUUUUUCUU